ACGAAGCUUUGGAAUAUGGAAAAAUGGAGAGUACAUAAAAUAACAGAACAUAAUACUCUUUCAAUUACUGCAAUUCUGUAUUGCCUUUUUGUAAUCAUGGUAUACCAAGGUAUGACCAGCGAAGAUACGCCAAAUACAAGCAUUAUGAGCAACAGCAAAAAACUGACACCGGGACCUUAUAGAGCCACAAAAUUAUGGAAUGGAAUAGUAAAAAAAUUUCGGAAAAAUGCAAUGCAAAAAACAUCGCAGACAUUUGAGACUUACAAUGCAUGUUUUUCAGCAAGCGAAGCUACUGACUUUUUGCAUGAUCUUUUGAAGAAAAACUGUAACAUCGGAAACGAUGUGGCCAGGCACCAGACUGUUCAACUCUUACGUAAAUUUUUGAAAAAUCACGUCAUCGAAGACGUACAAGGUCGAUGGGGAAACGAGAAUUUCGAAGAUGACGGACGACUUUUCAGAUUUCCGCUCGAUGUAUCAUUGGAGCAAACCCUUCGCCAUCCUUUGGGAACACUAGACGACAACGUGCCUAAACAUACAAGGAAAGCAAACACGUCAAAAAAGAUGAAAAGAAAAAGCAAAAUCUCGGUCGGAUUUGAAAACAAUAACGUAAUAGAAACAGAAAAUAAACAAGAAGAAACCGAAAAAGUAACAGCAAUUAAAAGUUCUUCGACGUCGUCAACUUCGUCAAAUGACCGCCUAAAACGGCCGUUGCCACCGGUGCCAGUAAUUCCAAAAUGCCGGGUCCUCUCACAGACAAUAACAGAAGCCGAUGUACAAGACGCAUGGAAAAAGGAAUUAUUAUGUAGACUUCAAGGAGCACUUAAACUCGACACACUGGACGAAAUUCUUAAUGAAAAUGAAAUAAGCGGCGAAGAUAUUCGACACAACUCAACGAAAAUAGGGAAGGUCAGGUGUUGUUCAAGUCGAGAAGGGAGAGGAUAUUCCAUACUGGGCACUGAGCGCAAUGGACAUGUCUUGCUAAACUGGCCUAAUGGCAAAGAUACAGGCCUACCCUGCUAUCCAGGUUUUGAAAAAGACGUUUUCAAAGCGGUGUGCGACUACUAUUGUGGUAUGCAGUCUGGCCAACACUCCUUCGAAAAUUUCGGCACAACAAAAAGACGACAAGCAAUGAGCUCGCAACCAGUUCUCCAGCCAGAACCACUGCUCACUUAUGAACACUAUGAACUUUUUUACAAAUAUUGUGUGUCUCAUACAACCGGACAUGGAGAAGGUCGCUAUCGAAUCAUUGCGUCUUGCCUUGCUCAUUUACUCAUCAAACAGAAGAAAACUUCAUUUACUCUUGCGACUGGAUGUCAAAAAUGUGCAGCAAUCCACAUUAGUAAACUGGGUUGGUCACAACAAGUACCAGGUAAAAUUCUAUUUUUAAUUUAAUAAAAAUAAUAAACAAUAAAAAAAAUUGGAAGCACAAUAUCGAUUGCUAACACCUCUUUUUUGGUUAUAAUUUAGAUCUCUAUUACUUCAAAAGUUUUCGCGACACAUUCUAUUCAUGUAACGAAGAAGUUUUACUUAGACGAGCUAUUGCGAUGAGGCUGGUUUCAUUUAUGGUCGACCAUCAUACAGAGGUAAAAUAUAUUUUUGUAAUAUAUAUAUUAAUAAUUGCGAUGUAAAAACCAGGCUUAGUGUAAUUCACUGCAUUUAUUGAUUUUAAUAAUUUGACUUGGAAAUGAAUUAUUAAAUAAUAAUAUUUUUUCAAUUUAGGUUAUGAAAGUCCGACCGACAUGAAAAAGCCGUUGGUUGAUAAAAUUGCCAAGAUGCGUCGCCCCGACAUUCGCAUAUAACGAUUCCGGAGAAGAAGUCACGCCUACACAUUACGUUCUGUGUCAAUAGUGAAGCAAAGGCAAGAUGGCGAUAUAGAGCACAGCAAGUUCAAGGAGAACGACACCAUUUCAGACGCAAAUCCACCGACAUUAUUGAAAUCUUGGGAUAAACUGGUCUCUUCAAUUAAAAAUAAGCACUCAACACAUGCUCCGUCAAGCGCCACCGAUUCUUCAGACAGUGAAUCGUACGUUAAAAUGAGUAAACUCCACACGAAGCGGAAUAACAGAUUUAGUCAUCUCCCCCAAGAAUCAGCAACUCGUUUCAGACAGCGAACGAAUACAGUUGGGACAAGGUUUCUGGAACCGUCUUCAUCUCCCGCAGAUGUAAGUCAAGGGCAUCGAUCACCACUGAAUGUAGAUUUCAACGAAUCAAGAAUCAAGCCAGCAAAAUCAUGUUCCGAUAUCUUUGAUUUAAAAACGUCGUCUUCCUCUUCAAGUACUAAAUUGCAGAAAGCGUCUGAUUUGGGGUCAUCAUGGAAUUUAAGAUUACGACCGAUGCUAGGAAAGCCCUUUAGUAAAUUCAGAAGAUCUAAGGUCUAAUCGUAAAUCAUCUAAUUGAUGCUGUGUAGUGUGUACUGCUGAUAUAGAUAGAUACUGCCUGUCUAAAAUUCACUCAUAGCCUAUAUUAUUUUGAUACGAAAGCAACCUUAACUAAUCUAUUUCGGCAGUGGUCGUGAAUUGUUCCAAUAUUUCAAAACACUUGUUUCUGAUAUAAUUUGUUUCCGAGCUUUUUUGUUUCUUAUUUGUCCAUUAGUUCCAAACUAUGCAAUCACCUGGUGUUUCUUAGACAUGGUGAGAAGUUGUGCUUUUAAUAACAAUGAGCAAAGUUAGUUUUUCAAUUUUGAAUCAUUUUCUUCAACUUAUUGUAAUGCUAUCCCAGAACAAAAGGGUCGUUGUAUUAGCAGAAUCAGUUGAAUAAAUUGGAAAGUAAAAAACAAAGUUCAAAUUCGGCAAACUAUCUGCCUUUUGAAAUGUCCAUAUAUGAAGCAAUGUUUUACAUAAUUUAUACUGAUAUAAUAUCAUAAAUUGGCAAUUUGAUAUAUAUAAUUGAAUAAUACCAUUUUAUACUAUGUUUACUAUUUUCUAUUCUGUCGUCUUUUAUGUGUGUCUGUAUGUGAACUGUGUUUUCCGUGAUACUUGUGCGUUUCUAAUGUUUGUUAUCUAUACUAAAUAUGAUGUCAAAUGACCUGCGCAAUUGACACAGCCUUUUCCAUUUUACGAAUAAAAUUUAACUUAUCAACAGAAA